AUGUCUAGAUCUACAGGGGCGGAUGGCUAUAUGGGCAUUCGUGCAAAUGCCCGAUGGGUCGGUAUGCCACCGGAAGGGCAGCAUGAAUACCAUGAUAAAACUGAGGAUAUCUCAGGCACUGAGCAGAUGUCUUUGAGUGUUCGUCUUUUCAUUGUCGUCAAUUAUUCAUCUGUCCUUGAACCAGUUUCCAUGGUGUUCCAGUCUUUCCAACUUAACAUAGUGGUCACUCAACAGCACAUCAGCAGUCACAUUACUGGCAUCAUCAAAAACCAAUAUGACCAUCCUGAAGAACACCUGAAUGGAGGAGAAGGGUGUGAAAACAGAACAAGACUUUUGCGGUUUCUGGCCACGAUUGCUGGUUACUACACUUCUGAUGAUCCCAUCAAUGUACCUGAGAAAAAGAUAAUCUUACCAGUAGAGACUUCAGCUUUUUCUCCGAGUCUCACAUUUUACAUGGAGGAUGACGAAGGAUUCCCAAUUCCAACCAGGCAAAUACUUGUGCUGAGAGAACGUCCUGAUGGCUACAUUGGCGUCAUGUUCUACAACUUUACAGGCUCGGAUGAUUUAAAUGGUCCCAUCGACGUGAGUUUAUUUCAACGUCUACAACUGUCGGACUACUCAACACUUCCCAAUUGUGAGAUAACCAUCGCAGAGAUUGAAGACAUCUACAUGAUGAAUUGGCCCGAGUGUGACGACAUCAAUAAUGACCUGUUACCUACCUACCUGGCAACCUGGACAUGCGAUCUAACCAGCUACAUUUCAUACAAAAACCCUCAACCCGAUAUAACAAAGAGUAAACCAGUCUAUAUUUUCAAAAGGAAAAGAUUUCCUUUAUUGCCGUCCAUGCUCGAGGGUGUCGAAGAUUUCAAAGACCCGUGUGAUGAUUAACUCAUGAAGACUUGAGUGGCUGGAGCUUACAAGAACAACCAACUGUGUGCUGAAUCAAUGGAAUUACAAUUAUUUGAAGAGCAGAAAAUGCAGUAUUUGUUUGUUUUGGACAUAAAAUUGUUUCAAUUUUAAAAAGUCAAAUCCAAAUUUGAGUUUCUACAAUUCAAGAUAUAGCACUUUUUUUUAGUUCAUUAUCUCUACACUAUUCAUUAAAACAUCAUACAUUUU